AGGACCGCUGGCUUGAUAACACCGCGAAGAACAAACCGAGACAUUUACCACCGAAAAUAAAAUAUCAGCCUCGAAUUUCGCACAAGUAAGACCUAUGCAGGCUUCGAGUCCGGAUAAAUUAAGGUGGAUUGUAUCGUCGUACGAAGAAAAGAGGCUCACUUUUGGUUUAAAAAAAAUAAACAGGAAGUUGUUAGCGUUGUGGGACGUGUAGUUCCGCUUGUAGGCCACUGAACGUGAUAACAACGCGUAGAAUAAAGAAACAACAAUAAAAUAACCUAAACUUCAUUGGAAGACCGUGCUUUUGGCCUUGGCGUUUGGGUAAUCAUGCCAGGGUUCACCUGCUGUGUCCCUGGGUGCUACAACAACUCCCACCGGGACCGGGAACUGCGCUUCUACACAUUUCCUAAAGACACCACGCUGAGGGAGCUGUGGCUGAGGAACAUCUCCCGGGCCGGGGUCAGCGGCUGCUUCAGCACCUUCCAACCCACCACGGGACACCGAGUCUGCAGUGUGCAUUUCACCGGCGGGAGGAAGACCUACACCAUCCGAGUCCCGUCCCUCUUCCCUCUGCGCGGGAUAAAUGAGCGCAGGAGUCGGCGGGGCAGAGGCAGGAAAGUGUCGGUUACUGCAGCGACCUCCGGGGUCGUGAUCAGCAAUGCCGAGGGCAAUGCCGAGUGCAAUGCUGGCGGCGAGGCGAGCGAUGACAGUAUCACCGUGGUUCAGAUCGGCCAGAACGGGGAGUACCUGGGCACGGCGCGGCUGCCCGCCCAGUCAGAGGGGACUUGUUACAGCGCCGACGAGCUGACCGCCGACGACUCCUCGGUGGAAGCCGCGUCCGCGCCUGUCCAGUACGUCAGUGUGACCAGCAGCCCGCUGGACCACUCGUACUCUCUGACCACCGGCACCACGUCGACCGAGCUGCUGCGGAAACUCAACGAGCAGCGGGACAUCAUCGCGCUGAUGGAGGUGAAGAUGAAGGAGAUGAAGGCGUCCAUCCGCGAGCUCCGGGUGAACGAGGCCAAGCUGCAGGAGGAGGUGCGGGAUCGGGACCGGCUGCUUUACGGGAACUCGGCGGCUUUUAGCGUCCGAAAGAAAAUCUGAUGGGUGAACAUCAACGGAGGCGACCCGUUACAGAGACUCAGACUAACGGAGAGGACACCGAGGGGUUUGCAGGCAACAGAUCCAGACCUAUUUUGUAUAAAACCACACGCGAUGACAAUGUAUUUUCAACAAGUAGAGCUGAUUUGUUGUUUGCCUGUGGUAAAGAGAACGUUAGGCUAUAACAAUAACAUCAUUGGUAACUAUCAUGCACACUCCCAUAUUCACAUACAGCUAAACCAAGGUGUUCAUUCAACCAGGACUCAGAGUUUGCACAGUCACACUUUAGGCCGGCAUACACACUUAAAACCAGACUGACAGGAAUAUGUUCAACACUUCCCAGUUGCAUAGAAAGUUUUUGUCUUUAAGAUUUCUCUCAUGUGUCUAGUUCCUUGUUUGUGAAUUUUAGUUUAGGAGGCAUUUAUAAUACACUGCAGAUCUGCAGAGGUAAAGUUCUCUAAUAUGAAACAUGUUCUUGUGAACAAAACACUACUCUCGGCACACUGUCAAUGAAAUGACUUCAUCUGAGCUGUCUUUAAAGUCACUUUAAGUGGUUUUCCAAGUUGUUUUCCUUUUAUUUUUGUGGUGAAAAAAACUUGAUCAACAGAAAAUGGAAUUAAAGGAAUUCCUUCAAACUUGAAGUGCCGCUCAAAAGAUGUAAUGAGUUUCUUGGUGACAUGGAUUUCAUUUGCUCAACCUUUUGGGUUUUUAAGAACAUCUUAAGAGAACUACAAAGAAAAACAUUUUCUUAAGAUACUUUAUGCAACUUGAACAUGUCCGUCUGUCGCAGAGGUUGUUGAAACAGGCCUGCUGGUUUCAGUGUGGUUCUUUUGUGGAUGUUUCUCCACACAGACAUUUAGUGGCUGCAUUUCUCCGUCCUGUACACCAGGUGUUUUAGACACGUUGAACUUGGUCUGACAGGUAUGCUCUCAUUUUGAAGUCCAUUUCGUUUUGAAAUGGUGUGUAUUUCCACUGAAUAAUUUCUCAGUUCAUGAAAUGUUUCCUGAUUUUAUCCAGUGUCACAGUUACAAAAUGUUGAGUCGGUAGUAUUUGUAAUGAUUUUACCGUCAAGUUGAGCGCUUAUAGCUCAACUCAAAUGGGUCACACUCAUCUGUCUCGGCUUCUUGUUUGGACUUUUUCUUACGAAAGAUGAGCAGAUUUUGAAUUUUCAAUAACUUAAGCAUUGUAAGUAUUUAUUUUCAUCUGUUCUGAGUUGUGGAAAAAGCAAUAGUUUGCAUCUUAGAAAAUCAUAAAUCAUAAAGACUCAAAUCUCAGGGUUGCUAACCAGUCGGCUGAAAGCCUCACUCGACAUUUAGCUACCCUGUCAUUGUUAAGAGACUGUCCUGAUAAAGAUAAUGCCUUAUUAAUAUUAAUGUGAUAGAUGUGAUGAAGAGUGCAAACCAUCCUUUGAGCUUGCUUCUGAAAUAUUACUUGUUAAAUAUUAAUUGGAGUUAUUUGUUGAGAAACAACACAAAAGCACUGACUCCUGCUCAUGUUUAUGUUUGGAUUGUAAACUAUGGUAAGCUUUAUUAUGGAGGGAUUACAAUAACAGAUGAAUUAAUUGGUUUGGCCAUAACAUGUUCAAUAAUAAUGAAAAGGCUAUUAAGAGAUACAAUUGUGUCCUCAGAUUUCUUUUAUUGGUUUAAAAGUUAAAAAAGAAAAUGAAAGGUUGUUUUUUAAACCGGCAAAUUGUUACAUAUGAAACCACAUUAAGAAAGUGUUUAUCUUAUUUUUCUAUGAUUUAGUUACAGUGCAAGCCCCACUGCAGUGUCUGGUUUCUGUUUGUUUAUGUACUUGAUUUAUCUCACUGGUUGAUAGAAGUCAAUAACACGUGGUAAAAUGUGUCAUGUUGCAACAUGACUUUCCCCCCCUAGAUGGCGGUGGCACAAAAGCUUGAAGAGCAGGAGGUUGAGCUCCUAAUUUGUCUGUCUGUGUGUGUUGGCAGCUUGGAUGGUCAUUUGCUUAAUUGUUACUUAUAUUAAAGCAGUGAAAUGUGGAA